CUCCUUGCACAAUUCAAUUCCCACCUUGAGCCUCAAAAAGCUCCUCCUCAUUUGCAACUGUCUCUCUCUCUCUCUCUCUCUCUUUCUCUCACUGCACUCACCCUUUUCCUUAUGCAAAAGUUAAGACUCAGCACCAUUGCCCUUUACUUGAAGUCAUAGCAGAGAAGAAAGCAAAAACAGAGGGAGUCUAGAGGGAGAGAGAAGCCAUGUCGAACAAGUCCCCAAUUGUUCCAAUCCCAGACCCCAACAACCACUUCAGCGACUAUGGCUUCGACCCCCAAAUCGAUUACUUUCAGGUAUUAGAGGAAGCAAAGAAGCACAAGCUUGAGACCUCCUCGAGAUCCGUAGUAGACUCUCCUCCGCACUUCAAGCUCCAAAAACCCAUCUCCAAAGACAACUUCGACAGGACCAGGAAGACCAAGAGGAGAUGGUGGAUGACCGCCCUGCGAUUCUUCCGGCCGAAGAAAUCGACCACCCACGGCGACGGCGUUGGGCCCCCUCGAGCCCGACCCCUUUUGGGAUCUGUGUCGGAGCCGCUGUACAUCACCGAGAGCCGAAGUGGGUGGACGACGCCGUGCCGGACCACCAGUCGGCCGUCGUCCGGGCCGCUGGCCGGGACAACGACGCCGACGAGGAAGGAGGAGGCGGAGAUACCCUACGUCUGCCUCAGGGAGCUUGAUGUGGAGCCGCAGCAGUGGAUCUCUACGUCAGCCAUGCCCAUAUAUUUGGUUACAUAAUUCUAUUUCUUUAGACACAAGGUUUGUCUUAUCGGACUCAACUGGGUUGUUUAGUAGGUUAAUUGCAUUAUUUAUCCUUUUAAUUUCAAUAAAAUUGAUUUCUCUUCUCGUAAUUUUAAUUUUAUUUAUUUACACCUUAUAUUUGUAAGAAAAUUGGUGAUAAAUCCAAUUUAGAGGUGUCUAAGACAUUAAGUUUAGUGUAUUUUUUUAUUUAUUUAUGAGAAGUCCAUCAUUUGUGGAAUA